AUGUCCGUCCGCCGGCGAGUCCCGUUCGUAUUCUCUGACACCGCUGAAGAAGACGACCACGUUCUUGACGAGCAAGAGCAGGAGGAGCUCAUUGAGACCUUGCGCAAGCAGAGCGAUGCCUCGAAUGUGCACUACCUGAUUCUACUGCAAAUCACUCUCGCACUCUCAUGUAUGUUGCACCUAAUAUUCGUCUUCCACGAACCGAAACUCUCGCCUCUCUAUGCGUUCUUCCCGCCACCACCCGAUACCUCGCCGCACACGAUCGCAUUUCCGGUCCUCUUCGGCGCCGUCCACAUUCUGCUCCACCUCAACCUCUCCCUCACGCUCCUCCCCCCUACGCAUCGCCUUCGGCGCAUGCUCUUAUCUCUUCCGCCACCACUACGUGCUGUCCCUAUCCCCCUUACGCAUCCAGCAGUGCUGUGCGCCGCGGCGCUCGCUCCUGCAUUUUCGCUGGUCCUUCAAUGCGGCUGGGCGGACGUCGUGUGGUGGGCGCUGGCAGGCGGGAUGACCGCCCUCGUGUGGGCCGUGCAGGCGUGGAUAUCUCAAAGCGAACAAGGGAUUAGGGAGCUGGAGGGGCUCAGAUAUAAUGCUCGUGGCGCGUAG